UUUUCGAGUUUUGAGUGCUUGUGAAGAUGCCGAGUGCUUCUUUCACGGCCUCAAGGUCGUAUGUAAGGAGAUCCCGAAGGAAAGGUGCUAAUAGAAUCCCUACACCAUCUAAGACAACCUCUGCAGAACCAUGUGAGCCAUCUUGUCCCAUCCCGAACCAAAACAUUCCAGCUCCAUCAGCAGCUGCCCCUAGUUCCGGGAGCACAUCCGCGGCAGGCCCGGGUACCAGCGGGGGCGCUGUACCCGCGCACCAUUCGCCCUACGACUUGAGAAGGAAAUCUCCUUCUCACCACGAAGGGGGGCCCAGCACCAGUGCCGCCACUGCAGGUUCACCCACGUCACCUGCCGCCCCAACAAUUUCUGCCCAGGGUUACAAUUCUGCUAUGUUACCUGCUCGUAAACGUCCUCGCCGAACCUGUUCAGUUUCAUAUGAAAGUUGCACUAAUACAGCCGCUCAUUAUCUUCAAUACGAGCUUCCUGACGAGGUUUUGCUCACGAUAUUUAAUUACUUGUUAGAACAAGACUUAUGUCGCGUCAGCCAGGUCUGCAAACGCUUCCAGACCAUCGCCAAUGAUACGGAAUUAUGGAAACGUCUUUACCAAAGCGUAUACGAGUAUGAUUUACCUCUUUUCAAUCCCGCGCCUUGUCGCUUUGAAUUCGUAAGUCCGGAGGAGUCAGAAUUAGCAAAUCCCUGGAAGGAGUCCUUCCGGCAGUUGUAUAGAGGCAUACAUGUACGUCCUGGUUACCAGGAGUUGCAGUUUAAGGGUCGAAACCUUGUGUACUUCAAUACUGUUCAGGGCGCCUUGGACUACGCUGAUGAACGUAAUGGCACUGGUACUGCAACCUUAGUAACAGCUUCCAGCAAUUCUCAAUCAAAUACAGAAAGCAACAGUCAAGGACCUUUGAUAUUCUUGCACGCAGGCACUUAUCGUGGAGAAUUUCUCGUCAUUGACUCGGAUAUAGCUCUCAUAGGUGCUGCUCCAGGCAACGUGGCGGAGUCUGUGAUACUCGAACGUGAGUCCGAAUCAACGGUGAUGUUCGUGGAGGGUGCCAAACAGGCUUAUGCAGGCCACUUGACACUCAAAUUUUCUCCAGAUGUCACGUCAACCGUCCCCCAUCAUAAACAUUACUGUUUAGAAGUCGGUGAGAACUGCAGCCCAACCAUUGAUCAUUGCAUCAUUAGAAGUACUUCAGUUGUUGGAGCAGCAGUUUGUGUUAGUGGAGUGGGUGCAAAUCCUGUGAUACGCCAUUGCGAUAUAAGUGACUGUGAAAAUGUGGGCCUGUAUGUGACUGAUUAUGCUCAAGGGACAUACGAGGAUAACGAAAUUAGCAGGAACGCUCUGGCAGGAAUUUGGGUCAAAAAUUAUGCUAAUCCAAUUAUGAGGAGGAAUCAUAUCCAUCAUGGUCGAGAUGUUGGCAUUUUUACUUUUGACAACGGUUUGGGUUAUUUUGAAGCAAACGAUAUUCACAACAACAGAAUUGCGGGGUUCGAGGUGAAGGCAGGGGCAAAUCCGACUGUCGUUCACUGCGAGAUCCAUCACGGUCAAACGGGUGGAAUCUACGUUCACGAGAACGGUCUCGGUCAAUUCAUCGACAACAAGAUACACUCUAAUAACUUUGCGGGUGUGUGGAUUACGUCGAACAGCAAUCCAACGAUACGUAAAAAUGAGAUUUAUAACGGCCACCAGGGCGGCGUGUACAUAUUCGGCGAGGGCCGCGGUCUUAUCGAGCACAAUAACAUUUAUGGUAAUGCACUGGCCGGCAUUCAAAUUCGAACGAACAGCGACCCGAUUGUACGGCAUAAUCGGAUCCAUCACGGCCAACAUGGUGGCAUUUACGUACAUGAAAAGGGUCAGGGUUUAAUCGAAGAGAACGAAGUGUUUGCUAACACGCUUGCAGGCGUCUGGAUAACCACCGGGAGUACACCUGUUCUACGACGCAAUCGAAUCCAUUCAGGCAAACAGGUGGGUGUGUAUUUCUACGACAACGGUCACGGCAAGCUAGAAGACAACGAUAUUUUUAACCACUUGUAUUCGGGUGUACAAAUUCGUACGGGCAGUAACCCUAUCAUACGUGGCAAUAAAAUCUGGGGAGGCCAAAACGGAGGUGUUUUGGUCUACAAUGGCGGCCUAGGGCUUCUGGAACAAAACGAGAUUUUUGACAAUGCAAUGGCCGGAGUUUGGAUAAAGACCGACUCAAAUCCGACGCUUAAACGGAACAAGAUAUUCGAUGGGCGCGACGGUGGGAUCUGUAUCUUCAAUGGGGGCAAAGGUGUGCUAGAGGAGAAUGAUAUAUUCAGGAACGCUCAAGCUGGCGUCCUGAUCUCCACCCAGAGUCAUCCUAUCUUACGUCGUAACCGUAUUUUUGACGGACUGGCCGCUGGCGUUGAGAUUACUAAUAAUGCAACGGCAACACUCGAAUUUAACCAGAUUUUUAACAAUCGGUUCGGAGGUCUUUGUUUGGCCAGCGGCGUCCAACCUAUUGUGCGUGGCAACAAAAUAUUCAAUAAUCAGGAUGCGGUCGAGAAGGCGGUUGCGAAUGGCCAGUGUCUCUACAAGAUAUCGAGUUACACAUCUUUCCCCAUGCACGACUUCUACAGGUGUCAGACCUGCAAUACUACUGACCGUAAUGCCAUCUGUGUCAAUUGUAUUAAGACUUGCCAUGCAGGUCAUGAUGUCGAGUUCAUCAGACAUGACAGGUUUUUCUGUGAUUGCGGUGCGGGCACACUGACUAACCAGUGUCAGCUUCAAGGAGAACCUACGCAGGACACAGAUACCCUUUAUGAUUCGGCCGCCCCCAUGGAAUCUCACACCCUUAUGGUCAAUUAAGGGGUACGCGUCCGCUUCUACCGUAAAACAAAAGAUAAAAAAAUGAACACAAACUCGGUGUCGUAUUAAGAGAUUUUUUUCGGUUUAUAACUUUUGUUACAAUUUUGUAUAUUUUCUUUAUUCGAGUUUUCAUCAAUAUAAACAUUUGGUGAUACUCUCCUCCUUUCACGCGAUAUGGAGACGCGGUAUAACGAACGAAUACGCAUGAUUAUCGUCUCCCCCCCUCCUACCGAGAUAUGUUCGCUCAUCUGUUUCCGGCGGAUGUCCUGUUUGCAGCGGCGAAAUGGAGAGGAAAGGAUAAAGAUAGUGAAAAAAGGUACGUUUGUUGAGUUUUGCCAAUUUCUGUUUUAUUUCGAAUUGCGGAUGUUGAGAGGUUAUUUUGAAUGCGAAUGAGUAUUUGGUUUCGAUUCGAAAAACACUUCGAUCAUGGUAAUAAAGAAAAUAAGAAGUGCAUUUUGUAAAUUCUUGUAGUUUUUCAUCUUGUUAUCAGAUUUAUGUUUAAUGUUUUUGCGAGUUUUUUUGUUUUUCAUACAUAUUUGCUUGAAGUCUUUGGGUAACAGUAAGCAGCCGUACUCGAUAUUUCUAUUAUAUCAUUUUGAUAUUUAUUUGGUACCGUCUGUAUGAUUUUUUUGUCCGAAAUGUUGCUUAAAAGACUUCGCGACCGGUCCAUUUGAUGUGUGCACAUACAAUCAAAAAAGAUCAGAGCAAAUUAAUAAAUUCAUUAUGCACCAAGAUCUAAUUAGAAAUUAGUGAAUAUUUCGAAAUACAUACAUAGUUAAAUCAGCAUUGUUGAAAAAUUGUAAACUAGAGUUAUAAGGUAGACUUAAAGAGUUUUUUACUUAUUGUUGAUAGGACGGUUAGACCUAGUAGUAUAAUUUUGUUCGUUUCGAGAAUAAAUCUAAAUUAAAAACUGUGGUUUAUUUAUUUUAUUCUGUGUUUAAGUUAACGAGAAUGCCAGUUCACUUUCUUUAUAAAUCACAGUUUUACUUUUGUUGUUAUUUCAAGAGGAAUUUUGUUAAAACUUAUAUAUAUAUAUAUAUGUAUAUGUAUAAUGCAAUUGUAGCUCUUAUUGUUGAAAGUUUUGUUUUCGAACGGAAGGAAACAAUCCAAAUUUGUUUUAAAUAUAGAUAGAUAUACUUACGUGUAUUUAUACCUAAUAAACGAAAUGGAAUUGGCAUUCUUGAAUAUGUUACGUAAUAAUAAUUUACCUAAUAUAUAGCUUUAAAUAAUAUUUGAAAAUGUAAAUAUUUUUAAGUUAAAAAGAGGUGUGAUAUAAAAUAGCACUGUGUAUGGACAAAAAGUAAAUCUGUAGCCUAUUUAUUCAGUAUUUUUUUAUUAUUAUUUUCUGCUACAACAAUUGUGUAAAUUGUAAAAUACCUUCAAGUUUGGUUAAGUGUCGUAUUUUUGAAUAGGUUUUUGAUACUUGUGGAGUGAUUGUAUUAAUUGUGAAAGGAACGUUUUGCGGAUAAGCAACUGAUAAGUGUAGUAGGCAAAUGUGCAAAUCAUAUGGUGCCAUAUCAUAAAACAUCAAUAGACAUCUUGAUAGUUUACAUUUCUUUUUAAUGAAUUUAUUUAGCAAUAGUUUUUAUGAUGUACUUUACAGGCAGUCCCGAUUUUUAUAAUUAAAAUAAUGCAAGAACACUUGACCAAAUGGUGACUUUUAUAUAAAAUAUUUAAUACUGCAAAAAAAAAGACUUGUGAUGGAUGUUGUAAUUUCAGUUUUUCGAAAAAUAUUUUUUUUAGUUGAAUAAUUUGCCUACAGAUCUGAGCGUUUUGUCAAGUGCAAUGCUAAGGAUUUUUUAUUUGUUAAAUUAUCGUACAUGAUUCUUGUUCAUUAAUGGUUUUCUCGGGAUGCGUAAAUUUGUCUGAUCGUAAAAAAAUUCCAACUGUAAUGUGUAGUUUGCAGGAUGUAAUAACAACUGUAAAAAAAUUAGAUUUGGUCCAUAUGUUACAGCAUUUAAUAAUAUCUAAUUAACAGUUCAAUUUUAAACGAUUCACUCUGUAAAGGACAUGCUGAAAGUUUGUCAAUAAGCCUUUUGUUUUAUUUCUUUAAUUAAUAAUGGGCAUUUAUCGUAAAAAAGGUCAAUUUUAAAAACCUUUAUAUAUAUAUUGGUACUAAUAUUAUGCACGCAAUUUUAAAAGACUGUGGUCGAUAGGAGUAUGAAAAUGUCGCCAUAACAGUGAGUCUGAUGAAAGUUUUUUUUAUUUAUUUUUUAUUGUUCCUUAUAUAUUAAGGUAACUGCAAUAGUUAAACAAAAUUAUUGUGGUCGUUAGAUUUGGUCGUUUUUACCAUUUUUGUUUUUAUUUUCACAUUAUCUAUUUAUUUCUUAUUGAGCGAACGAAUUAAUUAGAUUCUGAAAUUGUUUUAAAAUUUUUUUUUAGAAAAUUCGACUUACUGAUAUGGGGACGACUUUCAUACUCUUAUCUACUCUAGUCUUUCACUCAAACUUGCCUUUACUAUUAAGGAUUUUAAAUCAUUAUUGUGAUGUAUAAAUGUGUAGUUAAAAAGGUCACUUGUAAAUUUGAAGUUUUUUCACAACAGCAUCGACAAAUUUAAAGAUAUUUUUGGUGAAACCUAAUUACAGAUGAAGUAAUGCUAUGACUGAAUUGUGUAUAUGAUUAUUAUGGAUGUAACAUAUGUCCUUUUCUAUUAUACAGAUCAUAAACAUAAGCUAAAAAUAAGUUGUAUUAUGUAAAUUUGCCUGGAUUUGGCAAGUUAUUUAGAAUAAAAUAAGCACACAUUGUAUUGUACUAUGUACAUUAUAUACAAAUACAUGGGUAAUAUUUAA